AUGGUUCGCGGAACAGGUAAAUUUAAGCAGAAGCGAGGCGGAGGACGCAGUUUCAGCAAAGAUAUGGCCUUUGAUAACGGUGACCGCUUAAAGCACCGCGGAGGCGAAGGUAUCGAGGAGGAAUCAUCAGAGGAGGGGUCCUCUGAAGAGGAGGAGGAGGAAGAAGAAGAAGAAGAAGAGGAGUCAUCGGAGGAAGAGAAACCAACGCAAGAGCUCACGCGCGCCGAACGCCGUGAAAUGAAGAAGAAAGAGGCUGCCGCGAAGCAGAAGAAGAAAGAGGAGGGCGAAGAGGAUGAUGAUGAGGAUUUGAUCAACCCGAACCAUGUUCAGAAGAAACUCAACAUAUCGGAUUUGAACGAGCCAAGGCAACUCUCCAGACGUGAAAGAGAACAGAAGGAAAAGGCUGAUGCUAAAGAACGAUACUGGAAGAUGCACCUUGCAGGGAAGACCGAUGAAGCCAAAUCUGAUCUGUCAAGACUCGCUAAGAUCCGUGCUGAACGUGAGGCGGCGCAGGCAAAGAGGAAGGCCGAAGCCGAAGCUAAAGCACGAGAGGCGGAGGCCAAGAAACAAGCGCAGCUUUCGAAACGUUCGACGUAG